GUUUUACAGUUUAUUUCGGCUGGCGAUUGGCGAAUGCGGCCGGCUGUUUGUAAUUUUUUAAUUUCGACUUGAAUUUCAAAAUUCAAUUAGUUUUCGCCACGCACCCCCAACCAUCCAAACCCAAACCCACACACACACACAGACAGGAAGGAACAAAGGCAUAAAACAGUCAGUCCACAGAUCCUGUGAAAUCGAGGCAGGCAGCUGGGCUGCUCCACACCGCAGAUGUCCGCCUGUGUGUCUGCUCUGGCAUUAUGCCUCCACACUUCCAGAAGCGAAAAGAUAUAGACUAGAUGGGCGGAGGCGACGGCGGACCCAGGGAGAGAUGCAAAUUUUGUGGUCCCGGGCUUUUGGGGGCUGCCCAAUUUAAGCCCCAUAACUCAGACCGCAGCGUUGGAGAAAUUAGUUCAGCCCGGGGACUGGCUCCUCCUGCUUAUCGAGCGUGGGAAUCAAAGAUUUGA